AUGCCAUUCAUACCCCAUACUCCUGAAUCCCUUUUACCCCGCUCAGAUUCCAAAAAUCCCGCCGCAACAUGCAGAGGUCUCACAGCAAGUGGACGUCCAUGUCGACGUGCAAUCGCAAAAUCCUCACAAUCUUCACCAAUUCAGAAUUACUGCUGGCAACAUAGAGACCAGGCUGCUCAUGCGUUCCCCCAAGGGUCACAAUCUGCCACAAUUCGGGAGCGAACAAGCGUGGAUACAUUGGUUGAUAGAUUAGGACUUCUCGAGGUCGGACAGCGGAAGCAAGCUCGAAAGACUGCCCCAGAUCCUGAGAAGGAGGGAAUCAGAGUAAAGGCUUCUACUCACCGUCCAAAGCAAAAGCGUCCAAAACCGAGAAGCAACAUAGCACUGUUCUGUUGCAUUGGAGAGCCAGAUGGUGGAAGGGCUCCACGGCCAGUCCAGUCGAGAAAUAACACUACUACCCCGAAAUCUCGAAUACCCCAAGGAACCCUCCAAAGGCCUAAAAUAUCGCGAGACCCCUCCUCUCGUGAACUCCUCUCUCUCAUACCGUCAUCCACAUCCCCACAAAUAACGGCACUCCUUCUUGCGGAAUUAGCAAAGCCAGCCUCCGAAUUCGACGAUGAGGGGUUCAUCUACAUGUUCUGGCUCACCCCUGAAUCCAUUCCUUCAACACCUCCCUCGGAAAUAGCACCAACCCUUCUCUCACCACCUCAAAUGGGACGACGAACUUCGGACGUUCUCAAUUCCUUUGCUUCCACAACCCCCAACAAAAAGACCAUGCUUCUCAAAAUCGGUCGAGCUCAAAAUGUCCAAAGACGUCUAAAUCAAUGGACCCGCCAAUGCGGUCAUAACCUCUCACUUAUCCGUUAUUACCCCUACCACCCAUCAUCUCCCUCACCUAAUACCAAUGUGCCAAAAACGCCAAGAAAAGUACCAAAUGUACACAAAGUCGAGAGAUUGAUUCACAUUGAGUUGAGUGACAAGAGGGCACGAGGAAACGGGAAAUGCGGUUCAUGCGGAAGGGAACACCGCGAAUGGUUCGAGAUUGAAGCAAGUAGGGAGGGGAUACGAAAGACGGAUGAAAUUGUGCGAAGGUGGGUUGGUUGGGCAGAGAGACAGCGGUAA